UUCGGUGCUUUUCGGAGCUGCGCACAGCCUUGCUUCUCUGAACUCCUGGAGGCUGUACUGUACCCUACAGUCACACCCGGUCAGUCCCACCCUGCGCAAGUGGGGGGGACCUCGCUGUUAUUGCUUUUUAACCGGGAAUCGCUGAAUGAGGAGGCACGAUCACUGCAGGGAGGAGUGCGUUGCGCUUGCAAGCACAUGUCAGUCUGUUACGGCGCGAUCCUUACUUCGUCUCUUUGUUGGAGAGUGAGAGGCACACACGCACAGGGAGAGACAGAGAAAGCGAGAGAGAUAUACACAUACAGUGGAGGAGAGAGAGAGAGAGCGCAAAAAGAGGUAGUCCGUGCAACCAGGCUCCUCUUGCCAGUCCUCUGCUGCGAAACAAGUGUGACGGACCGACCGGCGUUACCUACUCCCAGCUGUUUGUUUUUUCUCUAAGUGUUUUCUCUCCCUCUCUACCAUUGUGCUGCGUCCACUCCGGUCGUGAAUAUGCCCCGGUACCGUCCUGCCCGGGGAUUGACGUUGUUAUUGCAGGUCGCGUUGUGGAUUUUCAGCCUUGUCAGCGCUGUGCACGGAGCUGUGCCAACAACCCAGAAGUGUGAUGAAGCUCUGGCCUCUCCUCUUCCUCACACAGCCUUCACCAGCUCGUCCGUCUUCUCCAACGGAUACGCACCUGGGUAUGCCAAGCUCAACAGGAGAGGAGGUGCUGGAGGAUGGUCACCUUUGGACAGUGACCAUUACCAGUGGCUACAGGUGGACCUGGGUUCCAGAAAGCAAGUGAGCGCCAUAGCAACACAGGGUCGCUACAGCAGCUCUGAUUGGACGACACGGUACCGUCUCCUCUACAGUGACACAGGAAGGAACUGGAAACCAUACCACCAAGAUGGCAACAUUUGGGCCUUCUCUGGGAACUCCAACUCCGAGAGCUCAGUCCGCCAUGAGCUGCAGCAGGGAUUUGUGGCACGCUUCCUACGGCUCGUCCCGCUGGACUGGAGCGAGGAAGGACGGAUCGGUCUGCGCAUAGAAGUCUACGGCUGCUCCUACUGGGCUGGCGUGAUCAACUUUGACGGACAAGGUGUCAUCUCAUACCGUUUCAAGGUGAAAAAGAUGAAGAUCAUUAAAGAUGUGAUUGCGUUGAGGUUUAAGACCUCAGAGAGCGAGGGUGUGAUUCUUCAUGGGGAGGGCCAACAGGGAGAUUAUAUAACACUCGAACUUCGCAAGGCCAAACUACAGAUACAGAUAAACCUGGGCAGUAAUCAGUACGGCUCUAUCCUGGGUCAUACCUCUGUGACCACUGGCAGCCUCCUGGACGACAAUCACUGGCACUCAGUGGUUCUUGAACGAUACCGUCGUAACGUUAACUUCACCUUGGACAGACACACUCAGCACUUCAGGACCAACGGAGAGUUUGACCACCUCGAUUUGGACUAUGAGUUGAGUUUUGGAGGGAUGCCAUACAGUGGGAAGCCAUUAGGAGGAGGGAGGAAGAACUUUAAAGGUUGCAUGGAGAGCAUCAACUACAACGGAGACAACAUCACAGACCUGGCCCGCAGAAAGAAACUUGACACCUCCAGCUUUCGUAACCUGUCCUUCUCCUGCGUGGAGACCCACAGCUUCUCUGUCUUUUUUAACGCCACCAGCUUCCUGCAGCUGCCGGGACGAGCCGAUCACAACGCGAUAUCUGUCAGCUUCCAGUUUCGUACCUGGAACCCCGAUGGACUCCUUCUUUUCAGUAACCUGGAUGAUGGCACAUUGGAGAUCUCCCUGGAGGAGAGCAGGGUGAUGGUUCAUAUCAACGUGACGAAGGGGGAGAGCAACAACCAGGUCGACUUAUCAUCAGGUUCAAGCCUUAAUGACGGACAAUGGCACUCGAUCCGUUUGGUCGCCAAGGAGAAUUUUGCCAUGUUGACGAUAGACGGCGAGGAGGCAUCUGCUGUGCGGUCCACCUCACCGCUCAGCAUCACCACUGGAGGAACCUAUCACAUGGGAGGGUAUUUUCUCCAGACGUUGUUAUCCCCCUCCCUGCGUUCCUUCCAGGGCUGCAUGCAAGCGAUCCUCGUGGACGACCAACCAGCUGAUCUGCACGCUGUAGAGAAAGGCAUCAUGGGAGCUUUUGAGAAUGUCAGCCUGGACAUGUGUGCAAUCAUAGACAGAUGUAUGCCUAAUCACUGUGAACAUGGCGGUCGCUGUAAACAGACGUGGGACAGUUUCAGCUGUAGCUGUGACGGAACAGGAUACACAGGAGCCACCUGCCACACAUCUAUCUAUGAGCCGUCAUGUGAGGCUUACAAGCACUUGGGCCGGUCCUCUGACACCUACUGGAUCGACCCUGAUGGCAGCGGACCCCUUGGCCCUUUUAAAGUCAACUGCAACAUGACAGAGGACAAAGUGUGGACAACGGUGAUGAACAACCUGCCCCCCAAAACCACAGUGACUGGCUCCAGUAGAGAGAGACGCACCGUCCUACAGGUUAACUACAGCGCCUCCAUGGACCAGAUGACAGCCAUCACCACCAGUGCAGGAAGCUGUGAGCAGCAAAUCGCCUACAGCUGUCGCAUGUCCAGACUGCUCAACACUCCAG